AUGGGUAUGCCCAAGUCGAAAAAGCAGGUCGGUCUCGGCAAUGCGCUGAUGAACGACCGGUUCGGCAACGGAAAGGGAAAAGACCAGUACCGCACGGGUAUCACACGCAAGAACCAUGCGACUGGUGAAGAUUACAUUACAAACGACCGCGCCGAUGCGGCCUGGGUCAAGAUGCGCUCGAUUACGGAGCAGGGCGCCAUUGAGGAGUUCCUGUCUACGGCCGCCUACGCCGACACCAACUUCCGCGCUGUCAAGAUGAACAACUCGCAGAUCAUCCACACGGACCAGAAGAACCCCUACCUGCUGACCGACGCCGAAGAGGGCCGGCGGCUCAAGUUGCACAGCCAGAACCGCGAGCGUCUGACGGUGCCGCGUCGCCCGCAUUGGGACGCAAACAUGACGGCGGCCGAGCUCGACAAGGCCGAGCGUGAGAGUUUCCUGGUGUGGCGCCGUGGCCUCGCCGAACUGCAGCAGAACGCGGAUCUGUUGAUGACGCCGUUUGAGCGGAAUUUGGAGGUCUGGCGCCAGCUGUGGCGUGUCAUCGAGCGGUCCGACCUGGUCGUGCAGAUUGUGGACGCCCGCAACCCGCUCGUGUUCCGGUCCGAGGACCUCGAGGACUACGUCAAGGCUGUCGACCCGGCCAAGCAGAACCUGCUGCUGAUCAACAAGGCGGACAUGAUGACGGACCGGCAACGGCGGGCGUGGGCAUCGCAUCUGACAGAGAACAAGAUUGCGUACAAGUUCUUCUCGGCACACAUGGCCAAGGAGCAGAACGAGCUUCGCCAGGCCGAGGAGGAGGAGGAGGAGCGGUGGCAGGCGGCCGGUGGCGGGUCCGCAAAGCCGCCAGCCGCAGCACCCGAAAAAGGGGAGGACGAGGAGGAAGACGAAGACGAGAGCGAGGACGACAAGGAGGCAAGCCAGGACAACAACGGCGGCCUCGACACGCGCAUCCUGUCCGUGGACGAGCUGGAGGCUCUAUUCCUGAAACACGCCCCGAAAACGGAUGAUCCCACGCGCAAGCUCAAGGUCGGCCUCGUCGGCUACCCCAACGUCGGCAAGUCGUCCACCAUCAACGCACUGAUUGGCGCCAAGAAGGUAUCUGUGUCCUCAACGCCCGGCAAGACGAAGCACUUCCAGACGAUCGAGCUGAGCCCCCGCGUCACGCUCUGUGAUUGUCCCGGUCUCGUGUUCCCCAACUUUGCUACCACCAAAGCCGACCUUGUCUGCAACGGCAUUCUGCCGAUUGACCAGCUGCGCGAGUUCACAGGCCCUGCGCAGCUCGUCACUGCGCGCAUUCCCAAGGCGUUCCUCGAGGCUGUGUACGGCAUUCACAUUCGCACACAGAACGUCAGCGAGGGCGGCACCGGUACCCCGACGGCCGAGGAGCUGCUGUCUGCGUACGCCCGCGCUCGCGGUUUCACGCGGACCGGCCAGGGCCAGCCCGACGAGUCGCGUGCGGCUCGGUACAUUCUCAAAGACUACGUCAACGGCAAGCUAUUGUUUGUGGCACCGCCUCCGGGCCACGGUAUCGACCCUGCGGACUUCAACCACGAGCUGUACGACCACAAGCACCUGCCCGAGAAGCGGCAGAUUGCCAUGGCGGCAGCAGCGGCGGCCGAUACCGAAUCCAGGACGAGCUCCAAGUCCAAGGCCUCUGCCGUGCCAAGCUUGAAGCGUCCUUCCAAGAAGGCGGCGAAGAGGGCUGGCCCGAACGCCUGGGAGCUGGAGGAGGAGGAGGAGGACUCGAGCGACAUCACGUCGGACGAGGACGAGGAUGAGGAUGAGGAGGGCGAGGAGAGCGAAGGAGACGAGGCCACCGACGGCGAACCGAUGGACGAUGUGGUGAUGACGCUCCCCGUGCGCGAGAAGCAGAGCACCAAGUCCCGCGACCUCGACAAGGCGUUUUUCCGCGAGAGCGCGACCGGCAACCGCGGCGUUGUGGCGCGGCCGUUUAGCUAUAAAUACACGGAACAGGGCCAGGCCGAGCAGGCCACGCUGGCGGCACAGGGCGGUGCGACGCUCAGCGGCAAGAAACUGACGGGGCGCAAGGCGCGGACAAUGGACGCGCUGGCCAAGGGGCUGGAUGCUGAAGAUGCGCGGGCGGCGGCCAAGAUCGCGGCAGACAGCAAGAAGCACUUCAAGGGCGGUCAACGGGGCAAGGGCAAGAAGAAGAUGCCGAGCAAUGCCAUUGAAGCAUGGGGCGAGGAUCGGUAA